UGCUUGGUUCGAAGCAGACAGCCUGUUUGUGGCGAUUCUGUGGUUGUGGAGCUGGAAUGCCCAGGUGGUGGAAAUUCAUUCACAUUCAGCCGUUUAUUAUGAGACAGAAAGCGAAAACACCACCAUCUCCAAAUCUGAUGCCAUUUUUCUACUGUGGAGCACAAACAGGCUCGGGUGAGAGGAACCUCAUUGUGAAUGACACUUUAUGGUCAUAGUGAGGUUGCAGCUCUCGUCAUACACAUAAUGAAGAGAGAGAGAAAGAGCGAGAGCAGUAACACUUUCUCCUCCUCAUCCAUCACUCGUGCCAGCACAGAGAGGAGAUCUGGUGGAUCCGGAGAGAAGCCCCUCCCCACAGAUCAUCGCACCAGUCGAUGGUCCUUUUUUAACUUCAUUGUUGCAGAAGAAGCGACGCCCCGCUUUGCCUCGGCUAAAGGAUCAAACACCCCCUUCUGAUCAACGCGACCCUCGGGUUUGUUCUCAUGGAAAUCAGAGCCAGCCCCCCGGACACACUUUCUGCACAGAUGCAAAGUUGAAGCGCAUUCCCAGCCGGGACCUCAGACGAUCACGAUGUGUCGGAGGAGCUGAUCGUUCAUAGGGUUUUUUUUCUGUUGGGUUUCUUCGCCAGGACAGCUCACUUUUCUCCCCAACAUGCAGGAUUUGGUGAAGCACGUUGUUCUGUGCGCGCUGCUCGGCUGCGUUUACGCGUCGUGUCCCCCGCGCUGUGAGUGCUCGGAGGCGGCUCACACCGUGAAGUGCGUCUCCAGAGACCUCAGGAGUAUCCCGACCGGGAUCCCAGGAUACACCAGGAAUCUGUUCAUCACCGGGAAUCAGAUCAGCCGGAUCGGUCCGGAGUCUUUCAAGGGACUGGAGAAUGUCACCAACCUCUCUCUGAGCAAUAAUAGGAUUUCUGAGGUGGAGUCCCACACCUUUGCCGGGCUCCGAAGCCUCCGCUCUCUUGAUCUAAGCAACAACCAGCUGGCAGUCAUCCACCCUGAAGCCUUCACUGUGCAGAACCAGUCUCUGCGGGAGCUCAAUCUGAGCCGAGCGCUCUAUAACCACUCCUCUGUGAUGGACCUGGCUACGUCUCUCCGCUGGAGCUCCCUGGGGAACCUGAGGGGACUGGACCUGUCCCACAACAGCCUCAUUUUCUUACCAUCAAGGAUCUUCUCCCACCUGAGCAACCUGCAGCGCCUCUAUCUCUCCAACAACUCCCUGGUUGCAAUCCACAACUCAACUUUUUCAGGUUUGGAGCGUCUGCAGGAGCUUGACCUGACGCUGAACGCCCUGAAGACGGUGCCCGAGGAGGGUCUGCGUGAGCUGGACUCCAUGCCCGAAGCGACUCUCCUGCUUGGGGAGAACCCGUUCAUGUGCAAGUGUGGGAUCGAGCCUUUCGCUCUGUGGCUCAACAGAUCACAGGGACGCAUCAGAGAUGCAGAGAGCCUUGUUUGCGCCUUCCCAGUCAGCAUGAGGAAUACGUCCAUGCUUGCUGUUGGCACGCUCACUUUAGGAUGCCAUCAGAGGAGCGCAGGCGCUGACCUCGCUCUGCAGACCUCAUACGUCUUCCUGGGUAUUGUCCUUGGCUUCGUGGGCCUCAUCUUCCUCUUUGUGCUUUAUCUCAACCGCAAGGGCAUCAAGAAGAGGAUAUACGACAUGCGUGACGCCUGCAGGGAGGUGUGGGAGGGGUACCACUACCGCUUCGAGAUUGACUCUGGCCCCAGGCUAUCACAGGUCUCUACUAACGCUGACAUGUGAGGGGACAUUUACGCCUGGUGUGUUUUCUAUGGACUUUUUUCUAUUGCAUUUAUCAGUACCCUAAUGUAAAAAUUGUACAGGUUUUUCUGUAAAUAUAUACAUACAUGAGCUAAUAAUCCUUCUGCCUUGUUGAUUAAAGCAUGCACUGCCUGCCUUUCUUUAUUAUA